UUGUCUUUCUUACCGAGCAGAUGUGUAAUCAGACAGAAACAAAGUAAUGUUGCCACGCUGACAGGCAAUUGUGUCCCGUUUUGUUGAAUGAUAGUUGGCUGAAAUUAUCUUUGAUUGUUGCGGUUUAUAUUUCAAAUCUGGUAGCCAUCUUCGGAAUGUCAUUGUAUUUGUUCUUUUUCUCUGCAUAUUAAUGUGCUUACUGGUGCGUACACACAUGAAUUGCUAAUAGCUAAGCAUAUUUAAAGACUACAUAUGGUACGCUUGCGCUGAAAGGAAAUUUAUAAUUCAUUCAAAUUAGUGAAUUCAGGUCAGCGAACUGUUAAUUAAGGUGAAAACCAAAAACAGCCUGCUGUACAACAUUGUGGAAGAUGCCCAUUUUCAUCUCGAGGUGUCUAUGUUUCAACCGGUUUAGAAUCAGCAAUGGGUCUAUGUUGGUGGUGCCGUGCAGGACCAGGAGUACAAAAGGCGUGCUUACCGUUGAUAACGAAUAUGAGUACAUUCAAAAAAGUACGUUACCGACAAUGCAUUUUCAACCAUCUCUUCCUCGUCUUCCGGUACCAAAAUUAGAAAAAACUUGUGAAAGAUAUUUGAGAGCACAGAAACCAUUAUUGAUCGAUGAGCAAUUGCGGCAUACCGAGUCCUGCGUCAAGAGGUUUCUUUCUGAAGAAGGGCCUAUUCUCCAGCGUGAAUUGGAACAAUGGAAUUCUAAGAAUCGUCAUACUAGCUACAUUACAGAAUACUGGUUUGACAUGUAUCUCAGAGACCGAAAGCCUUUGCCCAUUAAUUAUAACCCAACAUUAGUUUUUGUACCUGAGGAAAACACGAUGUACAAUCAACAACUAGUAAAAACUACAAAUCUGAUUGUUUCAUCAUUAAGAUUCAUGAAGUCCUUAAGGACAGGCAUUCUUGAACCAGAGGUGUAUCACUUAAAUCCAAUCAAGUCUGAUACCAAACUGUUUCGUACUAUAUGUGGAGCGCUACCACCGUUUUUAUCCUGGUACGGUGCAUAUUUAAUGAAGGCUUUUCCACUGGAUAUGUCACAGUUUCCAAAUCUCUUCAAUACAACACGAAUCCCAGAACUGGAGAAGGAUAUGAUCUAUCAGGAUCAAUCAGCCCGUCAUAUUGUGGUUAUGAGGAAAGGUCACUUUUAUACCUUUGACGUACUCGACCACAAUGGUUGUAUCCAUACACCGUUAGAUAUUGCAUCCAAUUUGAAGUUCAUUUUGGAGGAUACUAGACCUGAGAAUCAAUGUCCUCUGGGUACAUUGACUACUUCAGAACGUGAUCAAUGGGCAAUGAACAGGUAUCAUUUGACAGAAAUAGGCAAUCAGGAUAUUUUAAGAAAAAUCGAUUCUGCAGUUUUUUUGUUAUGUCUUGAUGACGAGGUCAUCGGGAAAGAUUACAACAAAAUGUUCCGACUAUUUUUACAUGGGAAUGGUAUCAAUCGAUGGUUCGACAAAUCAUUUUCUCUAAUAGUCACGAAGGAUGGCGUAGCGGGAGUGAAUUUUGAACACUCUUGGGGUGAUGGAGUAGCCAUUCUGAGGUACUUCCAGGACGUCAAGGCAGACAUUGCAAAGAAACCACAAUUUCAUCCAGAAGACCUGUCGCGAAUCUCAUCGAACUCAAUUGUUGAAAAAAUUGACUUCAUUUCAGACGCAAGGACAAAAGACACCGUCGAUCGUGAGCUGCGUAAAUACAGAGAUUGGACAGAAAAACUAGACGUAAAUUACCUGUUGCAUGAAGGAUUUGGCAAGAAAGAAUUUAAGAAGUUCAAAGUAAGCCCGGAUGCUAUGAUGCAGCUCGCAUUCCAGUUGGCAUAUUAUAAGCAAGAAGGUUGCACAGUGUCAACAUACGAGUCAUGCAGUACAUCAGCGUUUAAACACGGCCGCACGGAAGCUAUUAGACCGUGUACAAGUCAAACGAAAGCAGUGUGUGAAAUGAUGACGCAGAAAUUAUCGAAGACUUCGGUUUCCCAAUUAAGGAAAAUGGUACUUGAAUGUAGCAACGUUCAUAAUAAUCUUACCAAGGAAGCUGCUAUGGGCCAAGGAUUUGACAGACACUUAUUUGCUUUGAAAAAGAUUUGGGAGAAGUCUGAAACAAGGAAACCCGCUAUUUACGAAGAUCCGGCUUAUGAUGCAUUGAACUAUAAUAUCUUGUCUACUUCUACAUUGUCAAGUCCUGCAGUUCUAGCUGGAGGUUUUGGUCCUGUAGUUUGGGAUGGUUACGGCAUUGGAUAUAUGAUUCAAGACCAGAAACUAGGUGCAAUGGUAACAAGUUAUAAAGGCCAACGCAAUGGCAGUGACUACAUAAGUUGCUUACACUCGGCCUUCAACGACAUCCAUCGUGUUUUAGCGAGCGGACAAUCAUAGCUGAAGCGAAGGAUUUUCCACUUAGGUGUAUUAAUCAUUUUUUCUACUACCAAUCUCGACUAUACGAUAUUUCAUGAAGUGCCUUUGCUAGAAUUUAUAUAGCGUCAUAUUACCUGAUUAUGAUCAUAAAGUAUUUUUCUAAUACUAUUGCUUAUGUACAGAGAGUUUUAUAUUCUGUUAAUAAAUUUACUGCCAUAGAAA